GUCUGCAAUAAUUUCCCUGCUGUUAUUGAUUAUAUCCCAGGGAGGCAUAAAAAAUUACUUAAAAAUGUUGCUGAUAUAAAAAGUUAUCUUUUGGAGAAAAUAAAAGAACACCAAGAGUCUCUAGACAUUAAUAAUCCUCGAGACUUCAUUGAUUGUUUCCUGAUCAAAAUGGAACAGGAAAAGCACAAUCAACAGUCGGAGUUUACUUUUGAAAACUUGAUAGCUGCUGUAUCCGAUUUGUUUGGAGCUGGGACAGAGACAACGAGCACCACCCUAAGAUAUGCUCUCCUGCUCUUGCUGAAGCAUCCAGAGGUCACAGCUAAAGUUCAGGAAGAAAUUGACCGUGUGAUUGGUAGACACCGGAGCCCCAGCAUGCAGGACAGGAGCCACAUGCCCUACAUGGAUGCCGUGAUACACGAGAUUCAGAGAUACACUGACAUCGUCCCCACCAACCUGCCUCAUGCAGUGACCUGUGACGUUAAAUUUAGAAACUAUAUCAUCCCCAAGGGCACGACCAUAUUAACAUCACUGACUUCUGUGCUGUACGAUGCUAAAGAAUUCCACAACCCAGAGGUGUUUGAUCUUGGCCACUUCCUGGAUGAGAGUGGCAACUUUAAGAAGAGCGACUACUUCAUGGCUUUCUCAGCAGGAAAACGAAUGUGUCUGGGAGAAGGUCUAGCCCGCAUGGAGCUGUUUUUAUUUCUGACCACCAUUUUACAGAAAUUUACCCUGAAAUCUGUGGUUGACCCAAAGGACAUCGACACCACCCCAGCUGCCAGUGGGUUUGGCCAUGUGCCACCCUCAUACCAGCUCUGCUUUAUUCCUGUGUGAGGAAGGGCCGAUCAUCCAGCUGCUGAUGUGCUGCCAUCUAUAAUCCUCCUCCUCUGGGGCAUUAUUCACCCCCUUCCCAGGAAUGCCUUCUCUGACCUCUCAUUUCAUAUUUCCCCAUUCCCUCAAUAUCCAGUGAACAGCCAAC